AUGGUUCAUUCCCCCAACGCUCAGUAUCAUACAGAUUUGGCCAGUGUGACGCGUGACAAUGUUGAUGGAAUCGUCUCUCGAAUAUUUGUUUAUGUUUUAAUGGAGCUCGUAUCUUUCGUUGUGCUAGCUGUAAUCACACAGCGAAAUUGCGGAAUCAACGCGCUGUAUCAGCUGGCGUUUGUGUUGGAGACCCAAAUGCUCGUUGUCCAGUCGACGUUGGUGAUGUGGAUAUUGAUGACCCUGACGUAUCGAGUUACUCAUUUUGGUAAGUCGGGUUUGCAGAUGUCAUUUUGUAGGUGA